UGUAUGGCGACUGAAUAUGGCUUCGCUUAUGUUGUUUAGUCUACUAGCAGUCGCCUCGCUGUUGUCAGUAUCAGUCAAAGGCCAAACAGGCAAGUAUUUCACUCAUUCGACCCCGGUGGAUUAUUAUCAGAGAGAGUCACUAUAUGAUUGCCCUUUGAGAUUUUAUCCUAACCCAGAAAGAUUUAUAAAACUUGACGUACUCGGUGGACAAAGAGCAAGGGUAGGCGAGUUUCAGCACAUGGCAUCCAUCGGUUGGACUACCAACGGGAAAACUGAAUACCUGUGUGGAGGAACGCUCAUUUCUUCAAAGUUUGUUCUUACGGCUGCUCAUUGUGCAGUGAAUGGCAACGGCCAAGCACCCGAUACUGUUCGACUAGGUGAUACCAAUUUGGCGGACGUCGAAGAUGACCAGUCUGCUCAGCAGAUCAAUAUUCGUGCCUUUAAGAAGCAUCCGCGAUACCUACCGAGUCGGAAAUACCACGACAUUGCAGUAAUCGAACUGGAAUCAGAGGCCCGUUUCGAUAAUGCUACUUGUUCUGCUUGUUUGUGGUUGGAGGAAGAAGUUCUUCCAGAAGAAAUGGAAGCUAUUGGAUUCGGUGUCGCAGGAUUCAGCGAAAGUCCUAGUCCUACCUUACGGAAGGUAAAACUGUCAGCGAUAGAUAAGACAAGCUGCGUGGAGCGGCUUCCCAUCAGCAGACGGUCACUUCCCGAUGGUUUCAUCGGUGAACAAUUCUGCGCCGGAAAUGACCAUAUGGACACGUGUGAAGGCGAUUCAGGUGGUCCAAUUCAAACCAAAAAAGUAGACGUCGAUGGAACGAUAACUCCUCUCGUGGUUGGCAUAGUUUCAUUUGGAACUCCCUGUACGAAUGGAUCUCUUGGAGUGUACACGAGAAUUGCUUCCUAUCGUGAGUGGAUAGAACAAGAAAUUCAACUGUCUAUGGACUACUUAACGUGUACACGAAUGUCAUCUUGCAUGAGCAGGAAUAAAUCUUACACUAGUAGAAUUCAAAUCUCGGAUGGUCCUAUUGUUCGUAUUGGUUUACUGUGGAACUCCACCGAAGGCAACAGCUUUCAAUGUGGCGCGACGCUAAUUGACUAUCAGUUUGCCCUGACCUCGGCGUUUUGUGCACGGGAAAAGCGAGGUCAACCGAAGUACAUCAUCGUAGAAUCUACAGGAGAAAUGGUCGAAAUUGAUGGCGUCAUCAUCCAUCCGCAAUUCAAUCCCGGAAGGCGCGCAAACGACGUAGCUUUGCUCAAAUUAGCGAAAUAUUUAAAAAGUGAGACCGAUCUACUGCCGGCUUGUCUUUUGAUGGGCGAUGAAGAGAGCAGCAAAAGUGACGAUCUUUGGCACUAUUCAGCGUAUAGUACACGGUAUGGCAGAGAUGAAAACUUCCGGAAAGACAACUACCAACAGUAUACCAUAAUAUCCCGACCAAUCGACAAUUGGGAUUGCACAAGCCUGGAGCACAAGCAGGAUAAUAUUACUUGUAGAAAAAAUCCCAUCAAUUUAAUCCCAACGGUGUGUAAUAUUGACCAUGGUGGACCUGUAUACACAAAAGGGAUCGGCGAUCCCAUACCAUAUUUGCAUGGCUUGGUUUCCGAUUUGAGUGAAGGAUGCAGUGGUGACCUGAUAGCGAUCAGAGUGUCGCCACAUAUUGAAUGGAUUGAACGCGUCGUUUUGGAGCAUACAAAUGAACGAUUGGUAUUUCAAUAAAAGAGUAAUUCCAUGGAA